AUGAUCCCAAGAUACGUGCCCGCUCACAUUCGCGAACGACACACUACUCACACAGCAAUGGAGCCUCAGCCUCUCGAGUUCAGUGACCUUCACGUCUCCAUAGACACUCACGGUGAUAUUCAGUCCAACCACGACUCGCACAACCACGAUACCCACCAGCCUUCCGACCCUGCCAUCAGAAGAGACACUCCCUCAGCCCCUAAAGCUGCGAUGGUACCCUCUGUGAGCGUCUUCAAUCAUCGCACUGGUCCGUUUCUCCAUCUCCUGGGGGUCUUGGAGUUCUGUUGUCCUCCAGGAGAUCNNCCAUGCAAGGGGGAGACCCUGAGCUCCGUGGGUAUUUCAAUCUCUGGCGCGCUCCAACACUCGGUCGUUACCCACCGCGCCGAGACCCUCAAUCCUUCACACACUUCGGACCCUGUAACAAAACUUGUGCUGCGCGAAAACCAUCAGACGGCUAUCCUACGCNCUGGAAGGAACAUCACGAACUUUCUCUCGUUCUCUGACCUUGCCGCGCGCUUCGGACUCCAACGCGGCACGACCAUACAUACGCUCAACGCUUCGGCGGACGAUCUCGAUGCUCUCAAGUUCAUUGUGAUGUUCGACAAUGCCAGUCAUCCCUGGCACCGCCAUCACACUGUCUACGCGAAGGCCAAUCUACAUCUUCUCCCCGGCUACGACCUCCCUUACCCUGGCCAGGGUGCUGAACUGUCUGAAGACGAUCAACAGCACUCCAGUGACAUCUACUCAGACUCAGAUCUCAUAGACCUACGUAGUCGCGCAGGCUCAGCAGGCUCUUUGCGAGUUGAGCUGUCUUGUGCCUCGUCUGCCAUACAGACUCCGCCUUCCUCCACGCAGUCAGACGGAAUCUCUUCGCUUCCUGAGGCGACUCGAGUUAGCGAGAUCCCACCUAUCGCCUUGUUCACCCAAGUUCGUCCUCAUCGUCAACCCUGGGGUCUCGAGUUCCUGGGCUGGUAUGAGAUUGAGGAAACAGAGUUCUUCGCUCCUGAGACUUGCGACCUGGCCAACAUGUUGGAAGGCAGGAGUGGAAGAUUACCCUCGAGGGCAGACUUGGAGUGUGAGUGGGCCAAGAUCAGGCUAGCGAGGCACGAAGGAAGGGGAAGUGCACGUCUGGAUGAGUUGUGA